CCUUUGCACGGUUGACAGUCAAGCGAUCACCACUCCUCACGACAGCAGCGCUCUGGGAUCAUCAUCAUCUGGAUAAACGCACAGCACAGCUCACUGAAGGGAAUAAAAACCGUAUCAAAGACCAAAAGCGACUAAAGGACACUAGGAAGUGAAUUAACUCGUGUGAACUCCUCCAGAGACGCGCGAUUUUUUCACUUCACAUACAGUAUCAAUUUGAAUGUUGACUUUUAGCCUGAUAUAAAGAAGAAGGUGUGGGAUGAGAUGCCAUCUGAAAAACAUCAUCCUCCUAGCAGCUGGUCUUCUCAUUUUGACCAGGGUCUACAUCUACAUGCGGAGAGCAGAAUCAGGAAACCUCAAGGGUUCAAUAACCUGGAUCUGGGAUAGAGAGACUUGGAUGGAAGACCUUAAGGGCCAUUACCUGAAUUUUAAUGUUUCCAUUAAAGUUCUGGCAGGAGUCUUUCAGCCAUCCAAGAAGUACCUGACGGUGGGCCUUUCGUCUGUGAAGAGGGCAAAGGGCACUUACCUUCAGGACACCCUUCAGUCAAUCUUCUCUGCCUCCUCAGAGGAAGAACUGGAUCAAAUGGUCAUCGUUGUCCUUCUCGCUGACUUUGACAUAAGCUGGAUCCAGCAGACAGUAGAGAAGAUCACAGAUGAAUUCCACAGGCGGCUUUCCAAGGGUCAACUUCUGAUUAUCCACGCCAGUGAAAACAACUAUCCUCCCCUCGCAGGGCUGAAGAGGAACUUCAACGACGCUCCUGAUCGCGUGUCCUUCCGUUCAAAGCAAAAUGUGGACUACUCCUAUUUGCUCCAUUUUAGCAGUAAUCUCUCCCAAUACUAUAUCAUGUUGGAGGAUGACGUAAGCUGUUCGAAGAACUUUCUCACCAGUAUUCGUGGGCACAUUCGUUCAAUGAGCAAUUCGAAGUGGGUCACAUUGGAAUUCUCCAAACUGGGCUACAUCGGAAAACUCUAUCAGUCCAGAGAUCUACCCAUUCUAGCCAGAUUCCUUUAUAAUUUCUACCAGGAGAUGCCCUGUGACUUCCUGCUGUCGCAUUUUCACAGAUUGCUGAUGCAGGACAAAGUCAUUCGAUUCCGCCCAUCUCUGUUUCAGCACAUGGGUACUUACUCGUCGUUUCACGGGACGUUCAAUCGGCUAAAGGAUGACGACUUUGUUGAAGAAAUUGCAGAUAACCCUCCAGCAGACGUUAGCACGAAUAUUGAAGUUUAUCAGACCAAUACAGUCGACAAAGCUUACAAUCAAGGCUCAGAGUAUUUCUGGGGUGUAUCCCCUAUUGGCCCAGAAAACUAUAUUUUAGUGGUCUUUCGUACACCUGUUCUCAUCUCCCGCGUCCAAAUACAAACAGGAUUGGAUGGGAAGGAUGAGCUGGUCUAUGCGGAUGUAGAGCUUGGAAAAACGCUGGUGAAAAAGGAGUCGGAAGUGGAGUGCUCCGGAUUUGACAAGCUGGGUUCUAUUCAGCAGGGCCAAUUUAACGAACCAGCAGUCCAGAAACUUGUGCCGGCAACUGUGGCAUGUUUACGAAUUCAAGUCACUGCAGCCCAUCCCACCUGGCUCGUCGUACGCAAGAUCCAGGUCUGGACUGUUAAAACUGAACAAACCACAUGAAAUAUUUAUGGUGGGAAUUCCUUAUCAUGACUUACAAAGGCUUGAAUCUUUAAAAAAAAAAAACACGUUUGGUAAUCUGUAUGUGAGGGUACAAACGUGAGGGAAUGUUGUUGUUACACUGCAUAAAAUUAUUUUAUAAAUAUUCUUAAAACAAGAUACAUACUUAGGGAUAAUAUAUUUUCUUAAGGAAACUAGAUUUAUUUUUUUGUUCCCAUUAUAAAAAAACAUGUUAAUAAUACAAAUAAAAUAUGUUUUAACAAAAGUUUAACUUAAAAUAAACUUUUAACUUAGGUUGCAUUUACUUAAAACAAGUAAAAAAGUUGGUGACUUUUUGUAAGGUUUCUCAAGAUGAUACAUAUCAAAUUUCAUAUAAACAUGGUUAGUGUAGUAAGGGUUAAAAAAUCAGGUACACUGAAGGAUUCAGGUUAAGUUUUUGUUAAUAUUUUGAAUUUAUUGUAUUUAUUUUUAUUUUCUGUUUUCAUUUUUAUUUUAGGUAAGGGUUUGGUAAUUUUUUGGGGUGUUUUUGUCAAUUGUAUUAUUUUAUUAAUCAGGUCUGUAUAAUUUUAUUACGAUUUAGUUUUAGCUUAUUUAGUUUUUAUUUUAGUACUUUUAAUUUGACCUCCUAAAAAUUAUGAGGUUAUAAUUUUGUUAAAAAAUCCUUUGCCCAGGGAGAUAAAUCAAUGAGCUAAACAUGCAGUUUCAUCUCAAAGACAUGACCUGGAGGUUGCGCAGUCAAGUGGUAAAAGAGGAUGCCAAGAGUUAAAGAGCAUUUUACAGUCAAAAUAUUUAGAUUUACAAGCCUUUUAAAAACAGGGGAUGGUUUGUAAAGAUCAUUUCGCCCCCUAGGGGUGAUGACUUUAAAAUACAAUUCCCUAGUUCUAUCACUCCAAGCACCAAUGAGGAGAAAAGUGCUGAUACUAGUUUACAUUCAACACACACACAUAAUAGUUUUUUUUUUUUUUUGCUGUACAAACUGUAUUUACUGUCCCCUUACACUAACCAUAGACCUCACACAAAACUUUCUGCCGUUUUAGAUUUUCAAAGCAAAUCCACUAUGAUUUAUAUACUAGUUUUCUCAUUUAAAUUAACUUAAGUUUGUUCAGUAUUUGGAGAAAAUGAUAUUUUAUACCAUUUUAUACCAAAGAGUCAUGUUGUAUUGUAUUACUAUGUUUCUGACAAUCAACUUGUUGACCGUUGUGUUCUCUCUCUCAGGGAUGGACAGUAAAUAUCUGUACAUGCUAUAGUUCAGCUCAGCAUCACAAACUGAUCUUUUCACUCUAUGAUUAUGGCUUUGUGUUCUCUGUCAGUUAGAUUUGUCAUGUUUUGUUUUGCAUUUUAAUGUCUUUUCCCAUCAUUUUGCCAAACUGUAUACUCAACUAUUGUCUGUGACAGCCAACUGAAUUAGUUUCAUGUUUCGUAUGCACUCUAUUAUCUUUUUUUCCUCACAUAUUCAGAUACUUUCAACUCAAAUCAAUAUUUUAUGUCCAUUUCUGUGCUUAUUGUUUAGUGGCAGUGUAAUAAGCAGGAUCAUUUGCAGUCUGAUCGUCAUUACUGCAAAAUAAAUCACUUUAGGAUGGUACUCCACAUUGCGUUAUGGGUGUAAUUUGAGAUAAUGACAUGCUGCUAACUGUAUUGGUUUGGCUUUAUAAAAUAUUUAUCACUGUAUGUACUAUAUAUAUCUGAAACCACUAGUAAAAAUGCUUCUGUUUUGUAUUUGCAGAACUUAAAGGGGUGUACUCGAACAUGCUUUCAUGCUUGGUGGUUUGAAAAACACAUUAUUUUUUAACAUUAUUUACAUUAUUACAAUACAUUUUUCCCAGCCUGGCACAAAUGGCUCGAUUAGUUCUGGGUUUAAUGAAGGCCCGCCUUCCGAAAAAUGAAAUGCGUUGUGAUUGGUUAGCUGUCCCGCUGCGUUGCGAUUGGCAAACAGCUUAGACAGUGUUUCAGUACUGCCACGCCCAUUGUCAAAGUAGCAAGUUUUGUGUACAACUGUUAGCACAAGCUAGUUUAAAGUGAUUUUUACGUUUUAAAUAUGGAUAUUUUUCUUACAAAAAUGCCAUUCUAAAGCUUGGGAGUGCAAGGAUAAAUUUUAAUAUAACUCCGAUUGCAUUCGUCUGAAAGAAGGAAGUCAUGUACACCUCGGAUGCAUGGAGGGCGACUAAAUAAUACACUACAGUAGUGAUGGGUCGUGUCGUCAGCCUGUGAGAUCGCCAAUACAUGAUCUUAUCGUGCUAAUGUGUUUAAUUAUUUAAAUACUUAGUUCAAUGCCCGAAACCAGCUCCAGCAUAAGGCUAAAAGCAGCCUAACAUUAUCAGAAAACAUAAUCACUGAUCAGCCUAGCCUAUUCUAGUGCAAGUUUAUGCAAUUUAAAAACAGCUGUGUUAUAAGUGAAGCUAUCUACACUAUAUGAUGAAUAAAUCUCUUACCACACACUGCAAACGUCUGCGGCGCGUUAUGGCCCCGACGCAGCAACCGGAGUAGAUUGCGGCUUCGCAUGUGUUUUGACCCCCUGUACUGCACACGUCUGUGGUGCGUUACUGCUCUAAAUUGGC